AUGUUGGGUUACUUGAUUAUUGCUGUGUUUUGUAUAUGCCUUUUUUUCCACUUACUCAGGAUCCAGACGCCCAAGAACUUCCCCCCUGGGCCACGACCCAUCCCCAUAUUUGGGAACUUGUUUCAGCUGGACAUCAGAAAUCCUCUGAAAGACUUUGAAAAGUUGGCCGAGCGCUAUGGAGAUGUUUACAGCCUGUAUCUAGGGAGAAAACCAGCUGUUGUUCUUAAUGGUUUGAAGGCUAUGAAAGAAGCUCUGGUGACCAAAUCUGUAGACUUUUCAGGACGCCCACAAAAUAUGCUGAUCAGCCAUCUAAAUGAAGGGAAAGGAGUCGUACUUACUGAUUAUGGUCUCGAAUGGAAGGAGCAUCGGCGCUUUGCCCUUAUGACCUUGAGGAACUUUGGCAUGGGGAAAUACUCUAUGGAGGACAGGAUUUUGGGGGAAAUUGAACACCUUGUUUCUGAAUUGGAGAGCUGUGCUGGAGGCUCCAUGAAUCCUCAGACUUUCUUCCAUUAUGCAGCAUCAAACAUCAUCUACUUGGUUUUGUUUGGUAUUCGUUAUAACUACGGCAGUGAAACCCUUCAAAAUUUUGUUACACUUUUCAAAGACUCUACCAAAAUUAUUAAUGGACCAUGGGGAAUGAUCUAUGAUACGCUUCCAUUUGUGAGAUCGCUACCUCUUCCCUUCAGGAAGGCCUUUAAAAAUGCCGACUUAAUGAAAAAAAUGACAAAAACCAUGAUCGACGAGCACAAGACAACAAGAGUUCCAGGACAACCAAGAGACUUUGUGGACUGCUAUCUGGAUGAGCUUGAUACAAGAAGCUAUGGAUCCACCUUUGAUGAAGGACAUCUAAUAAUGUACGUUUUAAAUUUGCAUGGAGCUGGGACCGACACCACGUCCAACACACUCCUUACAGCUUUCCUCUACCUCAUGGCUUAUCCAGAAAUUCAGGAGAAAUGCCAGCAAGAGAUUGAUGAGGUUUUGGAAGGAAAAGCUUGUGUGUCAUUUGAGGAUAGGCACAACAUGCCAUACACACAGGCUGUGAUUCACGAGUGUCAGCGCAUCGCCAAUAUCGUACCUCUGAGUGUGUUCCACUGCACCACAAGAGAUACCGAAGUCAUGGGCUACAGCAUUCCAAAGGGGACUAUAAUUAUCCCCCACCUCUCUUCAGUGCUAAGUGAAGAAGGCCAGUGGAAAUUCCAUCGUGAGUUUAAUCCAUUAAACUUCCUCAAUGAUCAGGGACAGUUUAAGAAGCCUGAAGCCUUCAUGCCGUUUUCUGCUGGGGCUCGCAUGUGUCUAGGUGAGAGUCUGGCUCGCAUGGAGAUCUUCCUCGUCGUGGUCACUCUGCUGCGCCGCUUCCAGUUCAUUUGGCCUGAAGAUGCAGGAGAACCAGACUUCACUCCUGAAUAUGGAAUCUUACUUCGUCCCCAACCAUACAGGAUGGGAAUCAGGCUGAGACAGCCAGAAAGAGAAAUGUAGAGCUGGUCAGCAAAUAUCUGUAUACUCACAACUGGUUUAUGAUUAAUAGUACAGUAUAAACGUAAUUGAACAUGGAACCCAUUACCGCAGUUCUAGCUUC